UUUACGACACUGUCACACUUGGCGGUGGUGUUUUCAUUGCAUGAGGUCGGUCGAUAUGGCUUCACACUUUAGCGGCGUCCUGCAGUUAACAGAUUUGGACGAUUUUAUUACUCCAUCACAGGAAUGUGUGAAGCCAGUGAAAGUGGACAAGAAGCAGGGGAAAUCUGUGGCCAAAAUCCAAAUUGAAGAUGAUGGCAGUUAUUUUCAGGUUAAUCAGGAUGGCCAAAGGCAGAAGCUGGAGAAAGCCAAGAUUACUCUGAAUGACUGUCUGGCUUGCAGUGGUUGCAUCACCUCUGCUGAGAGCGUCCUAAUCACCCAGCAGAGCCAUGAGGAGCUGUAUAGAGUGCUGCGCCUCAAUAAGCAGAGCAGCAGUGGCGAACAGAAGGUUGUGGUGGUGUCAGUAUCUCCUCAGUCCCGAGCCUCCCUAGCUGCGCACUACGGCCUCAGUAGCAGUGAGAUGGCCAGGAGGCUCACUGGCUUCUUUAAGAACCUAGGUGUUCAUUAUGUGUUUGACACUGGCUUCAGUCGCACCUUCAGUUUGUUGGAGAGUCAGAGAGAGUUUCUGAAGAGAUUUGCUCGAAAAGAGGAGGACAAGAAAGCCUUGCCCAUGCUGGCAUCUGCCUGCCCUGGUUGGAUCUGCUAUGCUGAAAAGACUCACGGUGACUUCAUCCUGCCUUACAUCAGCACAACCCGCUCGCCACAACAGAUCAUGGGCUCUCUGGUCAAGAGCUUCUUUACCAAGCAGCAGGGUCUUGAACCGCAGAAGAUAUAUCAUGUGACUGUGAUGCCUUGCUAUGACAAAAAACUUGAAGCGUCCAGACCAGAUUUCUACCUUAACGAAUUUGAGACCAGAGAAGUAGACUGUGUCAUUACCUCAGGAGAAGUGCUCAGGAUGUUGGAAGAGGAAGGCGUGUCCCUGAAUGAUGUAGAACCAGCACCAUUAGACACAAUGUUCAGCAAUGUGUGUGGGGAGGAGUUGCUGGGUCAUGCUGGGAGCGGUUCAGGAGGCUAUCUUCAUCAUGUCUACACACACGCUGCCAAACAGCUCUUUGGAGUUGAAGUGGAAGAACUCACAUACAAGACACUCAAGAACAAGGACUUCCAGGAAGUCACCCUAGAGAAAGAUGGUAUAAUUCUUUUGCGUUUUGCGGCCACUUACGGCUUCCGGAACAUUCAGAACCUUGUGCAGAAAUUGAAGAGAGGAAAGUCACCAUAUCACUUUGUAGAAGUUAUGGCAUGUCCAUCUGGGUGCCUUAAUGGAGGAGGGCAGCUGAAGCCUGUAGCAGAUCAGUCCAACAAGGAGCUGCUGCAGCAGGUGGAGGAACUGUACCGGGCGGAGCGUCUGUCUGCACCUGAGGAGGACACACGCGUGGCUGAACUUUACCACACCUGGCUAGAAAGCGUAGGAGAGGAGAGGGCGCGACAGCUACUUCACACACAGUACCAUGCGGUGGAGAAGAGCACCAACGGACUAACCAUCAAGUGGUGAAAGGAGCCGAAAGUCCACUCUCUCGCCAGUUACAUGUGUCUCAUGUUUUUUGGUCAGAAAUAUUAUAUUAUGUGGAACAUUAUCUAGGGCAUGGAAACUUCAAGGUCAGUUACACUGCUUGUUCAUUCAGUUAAUGUUCUCUAAUAUGAUUUACCACAAUUCUGCUGUGAAUGUACAGAGUUGUACAGCUUAUGGCAGAAUAUGAAUAUGAAUUAUUCAUCAUUUGGGUGUAGAAGCUAUUAUUUCAUGACCUGCACAGUGCACUGUAUAGGGAGCUAUUUAAUUCAGCCUAGGUCUCAAAAAAAUGAAUGCUUCUGUAGCGCAACGAUACUGACAAUGUUUUUAAAAAUGUUUUCUUACUUUUUCAUCUAAUGUAACUGUCACCAGUCCAAAGGGCUGUUUGAUUCCAAAUUCCAAAUUAUUGGGUCCAUUCCACAAAACCUUCUUGAUUCUCAGUUCUAAAAAUCAUGACAACAGGAUCCAGCAAAAUAAAAGUACAGCGUUGUAGUUUGUAAUAUGCCACAAUAAUUUAUGCUAUGAAUGGCUUGAUAUAGUAACAAUGUGCUUCCACCUCAGUUGUCAUCAGAGAUUUUUUCGGUUCCUGGGAAUGCUAUCAUAGUUUUGCGUGUUACCCAGCCAAAUAUUGUUCUCUCUUAAAGUAACCUCAACCUAAAGUCUCUGGGUCUGACUAGACCACCUCAUUGAAAAGGUUAUGGCUAUGCCUCUGCAACUCCCUUACAUAUUUCAUACCUACACCAAAUUCUGCACAUUUGCCCAUAUAUUGUGUACUACUUACUACUAUGUACUAUACUAAAUAAUAAUUUGUUUUUUUUUAUUAAUUGUUUUGGAAAUAAUCCCAUUUUAUUCAGGCCAUCACAUGCAUUUCUUCAUGAAAUCCAAUUUAUCCCUCAUACAGCCUAACAGAAUGGCAGAAUUACACAUUAGACCCAACACAUGUUGAAUCUGGAGAUUUAGAUUGGGCAAUAGUGUGGAAUUGAAUCCAAAGCUUUGGAGUCGACAGUUGGUUCCUAGAUACCUGAAUUCAGAGAAUCAACUCUUUUUGAGAUCGACUCCCAGCCCUACAUUUCCCUGUUUUAAACAGUGUUGACAGUAAUGCAAAGACUGUAACUCCUGGGUUUUCUAACUCAAUCCCUGGAGGGACACAGUUCAGCACAGUUUGGUGAUUUCCUUGCUUAAACAUCUGAUUCAAUUCAUUGCUUAAUAACCAGGUUUAGUUAGUGGCUAAUGUUGCACUUUUGUUGUAACUUUUUUUUUCCUUAAAAAAUGUAAGGUACACAUUUUUAGGCCAACAUCCAUGUAGUGUUGUUGACCAUCUCAGCACAUUUGAGGCAAGAAUGCUAAACGCUCAACUUCCUGCAUAGCUCUUUGGAGUAGGAGUGACCCCUACUGCCCAAACCCUCCAGAUUCCACUCUUUUGGACUCUAAAAUCAAGUAUUUGUGGUCAGAAGGAUCAGACCAAAGCAUACAUUGCCUUAAGUAAUUGGUCCACUGUGACUUGUGUGUGCACUUAAUUCAUUUUAUUUUUUAGAUGACAUACACAAUCUGUUCAGAAUAUAUUAGUAGCUGAUCAUAUGUAUAUAAUCAUUCCUGCCAUAUUUAUUGAGGGAAACAUAUGAACAGAUAUGUUUCAAAAUAAAGCAUUUUCAUGUUAAACUGUGGAUUUACUGAAGAUAAAUAUGUAAACUGAAAAAUCAUAUUAAGGCCUCUGAAAAGGCAUUGGUAAAUGCAAUAAAUAUUUGUAUUAUUACGUUAUAUUUUUGUAUUAUUUACAAUAUCAUUUGUGUGCAAAAAGUGUAAACGAGCAUAAAAUAGGUGUUAUUGAAACAAAAGCUUCCUUCUCAGUUUGAAGAGGUGCAGAAAUGUGCAUCCUAACAAAAGUGAAUAUCUGCAAAAUUAGCCAUUCUAUUCAGUCUGCACAGUAUAUGUGGUUAAUGUGCAAUGUAUUCAACUCACAAUAGUUGAAUGUCUUAUGGCCUAUGACAUCAUUUCUUGUUAGUCUAUACACUAACAUUUUUAAUCUGUUUGUACCAUAGACACCAGUUCAGCAAUAACAGCACCGCAACCAAUAAAGGGUCUGAGUUAGUGUCCAUUGA